GAUGUAAUAUAGUAAGAUUCCCUACAGAAUGGAUUUCGACGCCAUACUAGAAGAUGUGGGCCAGUUCGGAAGGUACCAGAAGAUGGUGAUCUACUUGAUCUUGCUGCCAGCAGUGAUUCCGUGCGGCUUCCAUGCGUACGCGCAGCUGUUCAUGGCUGCUAAUGUGGAGCACUGGUGCAGGGUCCCGGAGUUGGAUAUUAUAUCGGAUGUUAGUCUUGCUAAGAAUCUCAGUAUCCCAAUGGAAUUGAAGAAUGGACAGCUACAAUAUUCCGAAUGCACCAUGUACAAUCUGAACUACAGCGAGAUCGCGAAGAACUACAAGAGUGCUCUAAAUACUCCGAGAGACUCUGCAGUUGAAAUCAUUCCUUGCACCAACGGCUGGACUUACGAGAAGAGUGUCUACAAGAGUACUGCAGUUACUGAGUGGAACCUCGUUUGCAACGGAGACUUCUAUCCGACCCUGGGCUUAGUCCUCCUAGCUGUUGGCGGCAUUAUCGGCAACUAUAUCUUCGGCUACCUCCAGGACACUCUUGGGAGGAAACCAUCUUUCUUCAUCUACCUCCUUAUUGAAUGCAUCUUCGGAGUCGCUACGGCUUUCGCUCAGAACUACGUUAUAUGGUGCAUCUAUCGGUUUGGCGUGGGAUUCACCGUACCGGCGAUUAUGACAACGCCUUAUGUUUUAGCCAUAGAACUGGUGGGGCCACGAAGCAGAACGCUUUGCACCAUUUUAUCGAACAUUGCGUACUCCAUGGGGCUUAUCCUCCUUGCUGGUGUGGUCUACUUGGUGAGGGACUGGCGACACCUAGCACUGGCCACUACAUUGCCCUUCGUAUGUUUCUUCCUGUACCUUUGGCCUAUGCCAGAGAGCCCCCGCUGGUUACUGGCGAGAGGAGAAUUUGAGAAGGCCGAAGUCAUCUUGAGGAAUAUGGCCAGGAUAAAUGGCAAAUCUUUACCAGCCAAUUACAUGGUGCAACUCCAUCGAAAAUACGAGACAGAUAAAUUGAAACAAGACAUGGAGAAGAAGAAGAUGAGGAAAUAUGGCAUUUUGGACUUAUUCAGGACGCCUAAUUUGAGGAAGAAAACUAUUAUAAUCACGUUUAUUUGGUUCACUAACACCAGCGUAUACGUCGGUCUGUCUUACUAUGCUCCAGUGCUGGGUGGUGAUGAGUUUCUGAACUUCUUUUUGGCUGGAAUUGUGGAGCUGCCAACCUAUUUGUUCCUGUGGCCCUCCAUGGAGAGGCUAGGAAGGAGGUGGACUUUGUGUAUGAGUAUGGUCGUAGGAGGUGUCGCUUGCUUGACCACGUUUCUUGUGCAACAUGAAACCUACGUAACGCUAGCGUUAUAUUGUGUCGGUAAAAUGGGCAUUUCCUCCUCUUUCGUCGUACUGCCUCUGAUGGCAUCGGAGUUAUAUCCGACUGUAGUCAGAGGUCUGGGUAUGAGUCUUAGUUCCGUACUCGGCAUGUUGGGCCCUAUUUUCAUCCCACUCGUGAAUUAUUUGGGAUCUGACAUAAUGGUUCUUCCGCUAAUUAUAAUGGGCGCCCUACUAGUAGCUGGUGGCAUAGCCAGUUUGCUUUUGCCAGAAACGCUGAAUCAGCAUCUACCUCAGACAUUAGAAGACGGUGAAAAAAUGGGACUGGAUACUGACUUCUGCUGCAAUCCGCCUGUUAAAGAGACAAUUAAUCAAGAAGGAAAGGAUAUUAAUCCAGAACAAAUUCCUUGUAGUGCGUGCAAUACUCUGUGUUCCUGUCAGAUGGUCAACGUAUCUCUUGUUGAAAAUAUUGCCGCUGUCACAGAAAAAGACAGUGAAAAAGUUGAUUUCAUUGUUGUUAAAUAACAUUGUUAGGUAUGUUAAGCUUAUUUUAUUUAUUAAAUAUAGAAACCAGUUCAGAAUCUCAUUAA